AGCUGUCCGUGCGGAGCCGUCGGGAGACUGGGGGAAGAUGGGGCUGCAGGGCCCCCAGAGCCGCGAGGGGGUCCGCGGCAGGGAAGAGCGGUGACUUUCGCCGAAGGAGCCGGGCGAGGCUGUGCGCUGGGCCCGCUGUCAUUUCUCCUGCUUCCCCAGGAGCCCGCUCUCCAGCCCCGGAGGUGAAAAACCUCCAGCAUGACUGAAAACUUUGAAAACCGGAACACCUACAUUUCGGUCUACCUGCUCACCAUCCUAAUUGGCUUUCCCACCAACCUGUUGGCUCUCUGUGCUCUCAUCCAGAAGAUUAGGAACAAGGCCACACCCAACUCCGUCCUUCUCCUCAAUCUGACCAUUUCUGAUCUCUGCUUCCUGGUUUUCCUCCUCUUCAAGAUUGCAGAGCAGAUUGCUGGCCGCUGGGUCUUUCCCACUUUCCUGUGCCCCUUUACUGGUCUUGUCUACUUCAGCACCAUCUAUUCUAGCACGCUCUUCCUCACUGCGGUGAGUGUGGAGCGCUAUCUGGGUGUAGCUUAUCCCAUCCAUUACAAGCUGAGGCGCCAUUCAACCUAUGCCCUAAUUGCCAGCCUGGGCCUUUGGAUCUGUUCUUUUGGCCACUGCAGCAUUGUGUAUGUCACUGAGUUUAAGCGGGACAAUUAUUCCAUACCAAAUGAGCCCUCCACUGACAUCUGUUAUGACAAUUUCACUGAGGCGCAGCUCGAGACCCUGCUCCCUGUCCGCCUGGAGCUCAGCAUCGUUCUCUUCCUGGUGCCAUCCCUGAUCACCUGCUUCUGCUAUUUUGGCUUUAUGAGAAUAGUGAUCUCUUCACCCCACAUCCACAGGAGCAAAAAACAACGAGCUGUGGGGCUGGUAGCAGCCACUUUAGCUGUCUUUAUCAUCUGUUUUACACCCUACAACAUCUCCCAUGUGGUUGGUUUUAUUGAGUGGAGGAGUCCAGACUGGCGGAGCAAAGCCUUACUUCCCAGCACCUUCAAUGCCAGCCUGGACCCCAUUAUCUUUUAUUUUUCUUCUUCUGCUGUGCAGCGUUCAUGCUGGAAUUUCCUGACCAGGAUAGAACGAAUCUGCAUGUUGCCUUCUUUGAUCCGUAAGCUAUUCUUCAGAGGGACUGAGAAGCUAGGGAGAGCAGGCCCUCAGGAGCAGGUAUGCUCUUCCUGGCUAUGACCUCCCAUUUCUUGGAAGCUUCUUAAAUCCUUCUCUGUAGGCCAAGUGGU